AUGGAAGAAUCACAGGCCCCAUCGGAUUUGCAAGCCAUGAUUGCUGCAGCGGAAGCUGCUUCUAUGGAGGUCUUCUCCAAAAUGUUCCCAACGCAACAUGAUGCUGCCAAACCCACGUCUGAAAGGACCCAUUAUGGGGCAGACUCUGAGGACUCAGACUCCUCCAUGGAACAGUC